CCACUCGUGUCUCUCUCUCGAGUACUCAUCACCGGAACAAAGUUCACAGUACUUUCCACAUAGCCGUCGCAACAUCGUUGAGUUCUGCUUCAACCGGAAAUGGACGCCGACAACGGUUCGAAAAAUCCGAAGCUCGACGACGCGCCCAUGCAAAUGGAUUCCGGUGACUCUUCCAGCGCUCAAGCAAAAGAUAAACAAGAGGAGGAGCUCACAGACGCUGUGAACAAACUGAAUAUUGAAGGAUCUUCGUCUGGGAGUGGAUCACCUAGCUUCAAAAGAAAACCGGUCAUUAUCAUAGUUGUAGGAAUGGCAGGGAGUGGGAAAACAACACUCCUCCAUAGGUUGGUUUGCCAUACACAUAUGUCAAACAUUCGGGGUUAUGUGAUGAAUCUCGACCCGGCCGUCUUGACACUUCCUUAUGCUUCUAACAUCGAUAUAAGAGACACCGUUAAGUAUAAAGAAGUCAUGAAGCAGUUCAACCUUGGCCCUAAUGGCGGAAUUUUAACUUCCCUUAACUUGUUUGCUACCAAGUUUGAUGAGGUGAUUUCUGUUAUUGAGAAGCGAGCAGAUCAACUUGACUAUGUUCUUGUGGAUACUCCUGGUCAGAUUGAGAUAUUCACCUGGUCUGCUUCUGGUGCUAUCAUUACAGAAGCUUUUGCCUCCACGUUUCCCACUGUAGUCACCUAUGUUGUUGAUACACCUCGUUCAGAAAAUCCUACCACUUUCAUGAGCAACAUGCUCUAUGCUUGCAGUAUCCUAUACAAGACAAGGUUACCUCUCAUCUUGGCAUUCAACAAGGUUGAUGUAGCACAACAUCAGUUUGCCUUGGAGUGGAUGGAGGAUUUUGAGGCAUUCCAAGCAGCAGUAAGUACAGAUCACUCGUACACGUCAACUUUAACUCAGAGCCUUUCUCUUGUGUUGGAUGAAUUCUACAAGAAUUUAAGAUCAGUCGGAGUUUCAGCAGUUUCUGGUACAGGAAUUGAAGCCUUCUUUAUGGCUGUCGAAGCCAGUGCAGAGGAAUACAUGGAAAACUAUAAGGCUGAUCUUGAUAAAAGACGUGAAGAGAAGCUGCGUUUGGAGGAAGACCGCAGGAGGGAGAACAUGGAUAAAUUGAGGAAGGACAUGGAAAAAUCUGGGGGAGAAACUGUAGUCUUGAGCACUGGUUUGAAGGACAAAGAAACGAGUAAAAGCAUGAUGGUUGAAGAGGAUGACGAAAUUGAUGAUGAGGAGGAUGAUAUGGUGAUAUAUACUGAAGAGGAGGAUGAUAUAGAUGAGGACGAAGAUGAGGAGGUUGAUAGUUUCGCCUUUUGAUGUGAUUUAUCUCACAGUUGGAUUGCAUCAGAGCCAGAUCUUUGUAUAUGACCUUGACUUCGAUGAUGCUUUUUACACUAUUGCACAGAUAACUGUGCUUGAUUUUGACGCAACUUGUUUAUGAACUGAUUAUAAUUAUAAAGGACUUGUAGUAUAUCUGCUUUGCCUGA